CCAAUGGGAUUGAAGAGAUAAUGAAGUUAGGGAACAACUCCACCAAUCAAAUAAUAGACAAAAAGUGAUUAUGGAACUAAACAGGAAACACAUAAAGUAAAUGUGAAGACAGCUCCUGGGGAGCACAUACAGUGUAUAGUCAGACUUGAACAUGCCCCCAUGAUGCAAUGCCGGGUCAUCUACAGAAGAGGAGCCCCGCUCUGCUCAGCAAUUGGUCAAUGUGGUUCAAGGACCUACACACGUUCAGCGUCCUUGGAUUAUUAUCAGCUAUUGGGCGUCAGGCGAAACGCGUCACUCGAGGAGAUCAAAAAUGCUUUUUUUGCACAGUCAAAAAAGUUACAUCCAGAUAGGGACCCGUCGAACCCACUCCUGCACUCGCAGUUUGUUCAGUUAAAUGAGGCCUAUAAAGUGCUGAGCAAAGAGAACUCCCGAAGACAGUAUGACCAACUUUUGUGGGCUCUGCAAAGAGAUAAUUGGGUCCCUGGGGGCCACAGCACCUACCACAGAAACUGGGAAUCAAAUUCCAGGUCUGCUUCCGAGGAUAAAUCCCGUUAUUGGUCACAGUUCACUGUUCGUCAGGAAGCGCCUUCGGGAAACUGGAAGGGCAGGAACAAGCGUUUAGUUUGGUAUUGUGUCCUCAUAAUGACUGGAAGUAUGAUCAUGCACUACGUGGGCUUUAGAACAUUAAGAGACAUUCAUCAAGGCUUUAUGGAAGAACAAAAUCAACGAAUCCUUAAGAUAUAUAAUGAGGCAAAGGAAAGAGCCAGGGAGAAUGGAUUUAGGAAGCAGCAGGAAAUUCUACGUCAGAAACACGCAGAAUUCACAGCAAAGUAUCGCGGGGGGAACGAGGGAAACGAGACUAAGAGAUGAGUUACACUAUAACGCAGCCAAAGCGGAAGAAUAUCUACCCUUAAAGGGACACUGUACUGUAAAAUAUCUUCCCAAUGAUUUAUUUUACCUGAUGAAAUGUAUUAAAUUGUUUAUAAAUCGCUCCUUUUGUCAUCAGAAAUAGUUGUUGGCUGUUGCAACUGCGACCUAUACUAUAUGAACACGGCAGUAUUCUCCUUUAAAAAAAGGUAUGUAACCGGGAGGCAGUAGUAGAAAUCAACCUCCCAGUGGGAAGCAAGAAUGAGAGAGCCCAACCCAUUUGAAUGGGUGUCCCUGCAGCUGCUUUAAAUACAAUUAACUUGUAUCAGCUGCUUUCCUGGUAUAUUGUCCUUUUUAAUGGGGUCACCGCGGUCGCCUAAAAAACAUUUUUACUAAAUGGAAAAUAAUGGGCGUAAGCUAUUGAAAUCAGUAAAAAAAAUAAUUAAACUAGUAAUGAUAAAAGAAAAAAAUAUUUUAAAAAAAAAUCAAGCAGUUAAAGGGACAGUCCACUUGAAUUGUUUAUUAAAAAGACAGAUAAUCCCUUUAUUACACAUUCUCCAGUUUUGCACAACCAACACUUUUAUAUUAAUACACUUUUUACCUCUGUGAUUACCUUGUAUCUAAGCUUCUGAAGACUGCCCCCUUAUUUCAGUGCUAUUUACAGACUUACAUUUUAGCCAAUCAGUGCUGAUUCAUAAAUAACCCCACGGGAGUGAGCACAAUGUUAUCUAUAUGGCACACAUGAACUAGCGCUGUCUAGCUGUGAAAAAAUGUCAAAAUGCACUGAGAUAAGAGGCAUCCUUCAAGGGCUUAGAAAUUAGCAUAUGAGCCUACCUAGGUUUAGCUUUCAACAAAGAAUAACAAGAAAACAAAGCAAAUUUAAUGCUAAAAGUAAAUUGGAAAGUCGUUUAAACUUGCACGCCCUAUCUGAUUCAUGAAAGUUUAAUUUUGACUAGACUGUCCCUUUAAGGGAAAAACUAUUUUACAGUAUACUGUCCCUAUAUGUAAACAGGAUACAGUUCUUGUGUGCUUGGUGUCCCUUUGAAGGGACACUGAACCCAAAUUUUUUCUUUCGUAAUUCAGAUAGAGCAGCAAUUUUAAGCAACUCCUAUUAUGAAAUGUUCUUCAUUCUCUUGGUAUCUUUAUUUGAAAAGCAAUAAUGUAAGUUUAGAUGCCGGCCCAUUUUUGGUGAACAACCUGGGUUGUUCUUGCUGAUUGGUGAAUGCAGUCACCCACCAAUAAACAAGUGCUGUCCAUGGUGCUGGACCAAAAAUUGCCUGGCUCCUUAGCUUAGAUGCCUUCUUUUUCAAAUAAAGAUAGCAAGAGAACGAAGAAAAAUUGAUAAUAGGAGUAAAUAAGAAAGUUGUUUAAAUUUGCUUCUCUAUCUGAAUCAUGAAAGUAAAAAAAUUUGGUUCAGUGUCCCUUUAAGCGCAUACAUCAUGUCUCUUUAAGAAAGGCUGAUUUGCUGAAAAAUACAGUAAGUUUCAGACAUCAAUACUAUUUGUUUUUGUAGGCACGUGCAUUCGGGUCAUUCGCGAUGAUCUGACGUCAGACGUUCGCAGGAUUUGGCUCUUUUCUGAUCUUUACUGCUUCACACACUAAGGUCUGUGCAAAUCCAAAUCUUAGUCUUUUGCACUUUAACAAGAAGGAAUCCGGCGCGGAAAAGAUCCAAACGCCGUGAGCAGCCGCCAUCUUCAGCAUUCGGAUCAUGACAUCAGAACGCAUGUCUUUUUAUUCAUUUUGCAAUACAGAGAUUUGCUUAAAAUAAUAAUGUUAAAUAAACCAUUGUUAAAGGGGCAUUAAAGUAAAAAUUCAGAUAGAGCAGCCAUUUUUAAGACUUUUUUUUAUUAUGAUCUAAUUUGCUUUGUUCUCUUGGUAUCUUUAGUUUAAAAACAUACUUAGGUAGGCUCAGGAGCAGCAAUGCAGUACUGUGAGCUAUCUGCUGAUUGGUGGCUGCACAUAUAUGCCUCUUGUCAUUGGCUCACCCAUUGUAUUAAGCUAGCUCCCAGUAGUGCAGUGCUGCUCUGUAGGUGAUAACUAUGUGUUUAACUCCAUUUGCAAGAGAUAAAUACAUAGUUAUAUAAAAGCAACAAGUACAUAAUCUAACACAGCAUUUUCUUUUUGCUGUUUUAUGUCCCUUUAAAGACUGCAGUGCCUUUUAUUUAGUCUCUGGGUUUUAUGAACAUUUUAUAUAAGUAGAAGACUGAGAUGGCCACUAGGGGGCAGCAAAACUUGCACCUACCUCAGCGCAUGUAUCUAUAUUUUUGCUGGAUUUCCAAUACUAUUCUGUCAAUAAAAUCUUACCAGUAAAA